UUCAAUCGAAUUGUUUACAAUUUUGCAACAUUGAUAUGGAUGAAAAUAAAGAUGCCAGUUUGCUGGUUAUUGUACUGGACACCAAUCCAUCUCAGCAAAUCUUUCGCACAAAUCCGCAUCACUUGACACAAUGUCUGGAUUCAAUCGUCGCUUUUGCCAAUGCGCAUCUAAUGCAGAAAGCCCAGAACAAACUGGCUGUACUUUCAUGCCAUCAUCAUGCAACUGAAUUUCUCUACCCAACGCCUGGAAAACCACUGGAAAUUCGCCAGGUUGACGGUCAGUUUGAAGUGUUCACUUUAGUGGAGAAAACCAUCAAACAGAAGCUGGCAAAAGUGAUCAGUGAAGCUCCGCGGUUGACGGCCCCCGCCGAGUCACUUCUAGCAGGCAGUAUGGCAAUGGCUCUAUGCUACAUCGCUAGAAUCAACCGCAACAAACCGCCAGGAGUAAAAAUCAAUUCUCGCAUUCUGGUAGUAACUGGAAGCAACGAAUGCGCUUCUCAGUACAUGACAUACAUGAACGUAUUUUUCACUGCACAAAAGCAAGCCGUAACAUUAGACGUUUGCGCUUUGGAUAAACCACUAAGUCUUCUUCAACAGGGCUGCGACAUCACGGGAGGUCAAUACCUGAAGCUGCCCCAGUUGGACGGAUUCUUGCAAUAUCUAUUGUGGGUCUUUCUGCCGGAACCUCAGAUGCGUUGCAAGCUGGUGCUUCCUCCUCCGGUCAAAGUGGAUUACCGGGCAGCUUGCUUUUGCCAUCGGGAGCUUAUCGACAUUGGCUAUGUGUGUUCGGUGUGUUUGUCGAUUUUCUGCAAAUUUAGCCCGAUCUGUACAACGUGCCACACUGUAUUCAAGGCACCAGCAACAAUAGCUACCAAACCGAAGAAGAAAAAAAUGAGAAUGUGAUGCUUUUGACUUCUUACUGUUUAUUGUACAAAAACAACAUGAAAACUUAAUAAAAAAUAUUACUAAUUUGUUCG